AUGAGCCACCUCUUCGGUCCCCGGCUGCCUGCUCUGGCCGCCUCACCCAUGCUCUAUCUGUACGGCCCCGAGAGAGCCGGGCUGCCGCUGGCCUUCGCCCCCGCGGCCGCUCUGGCCGCCUCGGGCCGGGCGGAGCCCCCCCAGAAGCCGCCCUACAGCUACAUCGCGCUCAUCGCCAUGGCCAUCCAGGACGCGCCCGAGCAGAGGGUCACGCUGAACGGCAUCUACCAGUUCAUCAUGGACCGCUUCCCCUUCUACCACGACAACCGGCAGGGCUGGCAGAACAGCAUCCGCCACAACCUCUCGCUCAACGACUGCUUCGUCAAGGUGCCCCGUGAGAAAGGGCGGCCCGGCAAGGGCAGCUACUGGACGCUGGACCCUCGCUGCCUGGAUAUGUUCGAGAAUGGCAACUACCGGCGCCGGAAGAGGAAGCCCAAGCCAGGCCCAGGGGCCCCGGAGGCCAAGCGGGCCCGCGCCGAGACGCAGGAGCGCGGCUCGGAGGCGCAGCCCCCCGCAGGGCGCCGCGGCCCCGCGACCCCCCGCCAGGAGGGAGCGCCCGCGCGCCCCUCGCCCCUGCGGGACGGCUCCUCUCCGCCCGCGCCCCUCCACUGGCCUGGGCCCGCGUCCCCGGAGGAGGACGCGGGCGACGCUGUCCAGGGCGCAGCGGCCUUGGCCAUAGGCCAGCCAGCGCGCACAGUGGAUGGCCCGGGGUCUCCUCCACGUCCUGCUUCCCACGGCUCUCCGAAGAGCUCCGACAAAUCCAAAAGCUUCAGCAUAGACAGCAUCCUGGCGGGACGGCAGGGUCAGAAGCCCGCCGAAGGGGUCGAGCUCCUGGGGGGCGCCAAGCCGGGGCCCGGCAGCUGUGUGGGUGCCUCGCUUCUGGCCACCUCCUCAAGCCUCCGUCCGCCUUUCAACGCUUCCCUGAUGCUCGACCCGCGCGUCCAGGGCCGCUUUUACCAGCUCGGGAUCCCUUUCCUCUCCUAUUUCCCUCUGCAGCUUCCCGACACGGUGCUUCACUUCCAGUAA